AUGGACUCUUACGCACUUCAGGCCAAGGAGAAGGUGGAGGAGUACAAGGAGGUCAUCGCCGACAAGGCCGGCGAGCUGGCCGGCGACGUGCGCGACCGCUCGGUCAAGGCCGGCACCGUCAUCCGCGACAAGGUGGCCAACCCGCUCGACACCAUCUCCGAGGCCCGGGCCGGCUUCGACUCGCUCUUCGCCGCCGAGCGGGUGGACCGCGCCCGCGAGUCGCUCGAGACCGACGCCGCGCUGGCCGUCGGCUACAAGGACCAGUUCCUGGGCGCCGUCAAGGAGGCCUUCGGCCGCGUGCUCAAGGACCAGGAGCUGACCACGGCCGGCCACCUGCAGCGCACCAAGGGCGAGACCGAGGUCAGGCUCCAGCGUGCGCGCGAGGAGGAGAAGCAGUUCGCCCGACUGAGCGCGCAGUUCAUCGAAGUGCUCAAGCGGCGCGAGGCACUCCUGUCACAGCUCGUGCACCACUCGUACCGCGACCAACUGCGCCACGUCGAGCUGCCGAUCGAACCCAGCCCCAAACAGCUGUUUUUCAACUCCGGCGCAGCCGGUUCGGAGUUUAAAUUGCGCACUGUCGACCGCGCGCCGCUGCUCCGGGACAUCCGCGAGCGUCGCACCAUGAAGCCGAUGGUCUACGUCGACGUGCGCGAGCGCGGGCUGAUGCGAUCGAUCGCGCUGACCAAGGCCGACAUGCCCAAGGGCGGCAUCAAGGCCCGCUCGAACCGCCUGGCCGACCUCCGCUGGGCCAUUCGCCACAGCGACGUCCAGAAGCUGCGCAGCGUGCCUCGGGCGAGCAUCAACGACCGGUCGAGCCCGCGACUCGAGGGCCUCACCAGUGCCGGCCGCACGGUCCAGGCCCGCGAGGUGCUCGAAGAGGUGAAGCAGGCCAGCAAGGCCGAGCUCAAGCACGUGGAGACCGUCGACAAGUCCAAGCCGGUCAUCGCGAUGGACAAGAAGGAGACCAUCAACGAGGCCAGCUGGGAUCGCCAGAGCUUCCUGGGCGAGAUCCGCCAGGGCACCGAGCUCAAGCACAUCUAA